AUGAGAGGGUUCGGGCGCCGGACGUUUGAUGUCAUCGAAGCUGCUCGCAGCGGAACAGCAGCAGAGGUGGAGGAGGCUAUUCACCUGGGAGCAGACAUCUCUGGGUCGGACGAGCACGGUAUGACGGCGUUGCAUCAUGCUUCUGCGAGGGGAAACCUCCCGAUCGUCUCCCUGCUCGUCAAGUAUGGUGCGGAUCUUGAUGUUCAGGACGCCACGGGCAUGGUUCCGCUGCACUCGGCUGUUGUGCAUGAUAGGGUGCAGGUAGCGGCAAGGCUGAUGCUUGCGGGAUGUUCUGUGGACGAGACAGACCUUCGAGGAUACACUCCUCUCCACAUCGCAGCGUCGAACGGGCACACGACUCUCGUCCGCCUCCUCGUGGAGCUGGGGGGCGCGAGUCUCCAGACCAAGACAAAGCUCAUGCUCACUCCACUGCUCUGCUCGGUGGAGAAGAAGAGGUUGACGACGAUUCGCUAUCUU